AUGGGCGAAUAUUUAGGGAAUAAAGAUAAAAAUGGAAGUUAUGAACAAAAUAGCCAAAAAAACAAAAAGGGAGAUCAGAGCAUUUUUGAUAUCGAACCUGAUAAACAUGAGCAUUUAAAUUACAAUGUGUUUUUAAAAGAUGUAAAUAAAAAUAUAGAAAGCAAUUCAUUAAUGGAUAACAAAAUUGAUAUAAACAAUUACAAUAUCGAAUUUAAUAAAAAUGUCGCCAUAAACAUUCAGAAUGAAAAUACUCGAUUAUUUAAUAGCAAAAUUGAUAUGCACAAUGAUGAUGAGAUAAUACAAAAUAAGAAACGUGAGUCUGAAAAUGUAAAUACAUUUUUAUCUACUGCAAAAGACAUAGAAUCGGUUUUUGAUAAUUAUUCAAGUUCUAAUGAUGAAAAAAUUGGAGUAAAUAAAAUAAAUCAGUAUAAAAAUUAUGAUGAAAUUUGUGAUUUAAGUGAUAAUAAUGGGGAAAUAUUAAGUGAUCAAAAUAAUCGAGAAGGUGAGGAGGGAACUAGUUUUGAUAAAAAUAAUUGCCAAGUUGUUGUAAGGAUUCGACCAAAAAAAAAAGGAGAAAAAUUUUGUGAUGAUUUCGGAAAAAGUGUAAAUUGUAAUGAUGAAAAAAAUAUAAAAUAUAAUAAUAAUUGCAUAUGUAUAAAUAAUCAAAAAUUUUUAUUUGAUAAAGUAUUUAAACAAGAAACUCAGCAAGAAGAUGUUUAUUCUUAUUUGUCUGAUAAUUUUUUAGAAAAUUUAUUUGAGGGUUAUAAUUGUACAAUAUUUGCUUAUGGGCAAACUGGUUCAGGUAAAACAUAUACUAUGGGAUUUGAUUAUAUAAAUAAAGUAACAGAAAAUAUUGGUAUUUUGCCAAGAUUUUUAAAUGAUAUAUUUAAUAUGAUUGAUAAAAAACAAAAAACAAAUAAUGUAACUUUUGAUACAUCAUGCACAUAUAUUGAAAUAUAUAACGAAGAAAUAAUAGAUCUUAUCGAUUUUACUGAAGAAGAUUAUGAUGAAAAAAUUGGAAAUAAAUGUAAUACUUCAACUAUUGGUACUUUUAUUAAUAAUAAGGAUUUAAAAAUAAAUAAUAAAAAAAAAAAUAAUAAUAAUAAAUUAAAUAAACAUAUAUCAAUAAGAGAAGAUAUAAAUAAAAAGGAAAUAAUUUUGAUGGGGGUUAAAACUGCUAAAGUUUCAAAUGUAAAUGAUUCAUUUGCAAUUUUACAUAAAGGAAAUUUAUUAAGAACAACAGAAAGGACAUUUAUGAAUGAUAAAUCGAGUAGAUCACAUGCAAUUUUUACAAUUAACUUAAUUCAAAAAAAAAAUGUAAUAGUGGAAAAUGGGACAACAAAUGAAAUAAAUGUCAAUGCAGAUAUAGAAAAUGCAAAAAAUAUAAAAAAAGGAAAUCAAAAAAUCAAUAGUGAUAUAAAUGAUUUGACUAAUGCACCUUUGAAUGAACGAAUAAUUAACACAUCCGAAUCAAAUAAUGUUAAUAAAAUAGAAGAAAAUGAAAAAAAAGAAGAAAUAAUUUGCUCUAAACUUCAUUUUGUUGAUUUGGCAGGAAGUGAAAGGGCAAAAAGAACUGAAACAAAAGGAAACAGAUUGAAAGAAGCAAUCAAUAUUAAUUAUGGUUUAUUGUCAUUAAGUAAUGUUAUAUAUGGUUUGUCUAAUAAAAAAAAAGCUCAACAUAUACCAUAUAGAAAUUCUAAAUUAACAAGAAUAUUACAAGACUCAUUAGGAGGUAAUAGUAAAACUGUUAUGAUUGCAUGCAUAAGUAUCGAAGCUUCUGAUUUUUAUGAAACUUUUAGCACAGUUAAAUAUGCAGCAAGGACUAAAAAAAUAAAAAACAAUCCAAUAAUAAAUUAUGAUAUGAAUAAUUUAAUAAUUAAUGAUCUAAGAAAACAAUUAUUUAAUUUAAAUUUAGAAUUAAAAAAAUAUAAAGUUGAGUGUAAAGACAAAUGCAAUUUUGCUGAUGAUAAAAAAUUAAAAGAGUUAUCUGAUCAAAAUUGUAUACUUUUAAAAAAAAUUAAAAAUCUAAAUAUUAAAAGAAAAAAAUUAAUGUGUUUAAUAUUUUAUUAUAUAUCCUUAAUACGAAAAAAUUAUGUUAAUCAGGUCAAUUCUCCUAUUUACUCUAUUAACGAUCCAGAAUGUUAUAUUCCCCCAAAAUUAGCUAACAUAGAAAAGAAUCAAAAAGAUUUUGAUGUAAUUCCUUCCAGCAAUUCUGAAGUAUCAUCUAUUACAAAUAUUAAGAAAAAUGAUAAACUCUAUAAUUUAGAUUCCAUAAAAAACAGCAAAAUUGGUUGUCAAAAUAAUUAUUUAGAUAGAAUCAAUUGUAAAAAGGAAAACAACAACGAGAUGACAAGCAAUGUAAUUCCUCAUAAAAAAAACAAACAAACUGAUCUCGAAUUUGUAAAUGAGCUUUUACCAGAAAAUGAUUCUACAAUAAAGAGAAUCAUAAGUACUACUGAUAAUGGUGUUGAACAAAAUGAGAAGAAAGAGGUGCCAAUAAAAUUAAAUAAAGUUUGUGGAAUGUGUGAAAAAAUCAAUAUAAUAGAAGGAAAUGAAGAAACUAAAGAUUUCGAUUUUAGCUUUUUGGAAAAUAAAUAUUUAUUUUUAAAUUUAGAAAAAGAUAAAAAAUAUGUAGAAGAGAUUUUUAGACAAUAUGAGUUAAAUAAAUUUAAUGAAAAAAAAUUAAAUGAUCUAAAUAAAAAAUAUAUUAAUAUUUUUGAAAAAAAUAAAGAAUAUGAAAAAAAAAUUAAUGAACUAAAUAAAAUUAUUAAAAAAAUGAAAAAAGGUUCAAAAAUUAAAUUAAAUGAAAAAUAUAAUAAAGAAAAGUGUGGGAAAUCAGGCAACGAUCCUCAAGGUAAAAAUUGUUACAAAUUUUUUUUUCCCAAAAAGGAUAAUAAUGAUAAAAAAAAAAUGACAAAAAAAAAAAUUAAAAAAAAUUACAAUAAUAAUAGCAGGCAUAGUAUUUAUGAAGAUACUGGAAAAUCAUUCAAUUCUUUGAAUAAACUUAAAAGUGCAUACAAUUUAUUUUGGGGUAAUAAAAUUCGGAAGGGUUAUUAUAGCGAGAUUGAAUUAGAAAGCGAAAUAAAAAAUCAAAUUAAACGGAAAAGAACAGAAAAAGAAAUAAGGGAAUGUUAUACAGACACAGAUAUUAGUAGUAAUAUCAAAAAUAAUACAGCUUUUGUGGAAUAUAUAGUGAAUUAUUUAAAUGGAAAUAAAAAUGAAAAAGAUUGGUAUUUUCAAGUUUUAAGGGAAUAUAAAAAAAGAAAGGAAAUGUUAUCAAAAAUGAAUAAUAAAAAUGAUAAGGAUGAUCAAAUGUUGAAAAAUCAGGAUGGAAAUAAAAAUUCUUUGGGUAAAAAUUAUCAUGAUUUUGUCUUUUCGAAUUUAUUUUUUUCAAGUAAUAAUAUUUAUGGCGAUUUAUUUGAUCAUUCAGAAAAAUUAAAAAAAAAAUUUGACAAAAAAAUGGUAAUAAAAGAGAGAAAAAAAAAAAAUGGACCAAAUUUUAAUAAUAAGGAUUAUCAUUGUUAUGACAAAAACGAAUCCACAAAUAAUGAUGAUGAAAUUUCUGAUAAUUGUGAUUUAAAAUAUUCAAAAAGUUGUAUAGAAGAAUCGUUACACGAGUUUAAAAAUAUCCAAACAAAAAUAAAAUAUAAACAAUUUAAUAGUAGUGAAAAUGAGUCCCAUAGAAAUAUGUACUCAAAUAGCAGUGAUCAUAUAAAUGUAUCUCCAAAUUUUUUGAAAAAUAAAUUAAAUAAAUUGCAAAAAAUAAUAAAACAAGAUAUUUGUAAAAUCAAACAAGUUAAUAAAGAAAAGAAGGAAUACAACACCAAAAAUGAGAUACUAACUAAUAGCAUUGUUGAUUUGAAAAAAAAAUUACAAUAUUUACAAAUAAAUAGUAAUAAUAAUAAUAAAAAUUGUAAAAAUAUCGAAUCAAUGAAACAAAAUUUAACAAAAAUAACAAAAGAAAAAGAAAAAAUUCAAAAAAAAUUAAAUGAAAAUGAACAACAAAUAAAACAUUUAAAAGUCGAUAUCAUGAAAAUGAAAAACAACUUUUUAAAAACAAGCACACUUUUAAAAGAAGAGCAAAAAAAACAUAAUAAUAUUAUACAGAAAAAAGAAAACUUAAUAACAAAACUGCAUGAAAGAGAAGAAAUUUAUAUUAAUAAAUUAAAAAAGAAAGAAGAAAUAAGUAAACAAGCAUAUUCUAAAUUGCUUAAGCGUAAUAAAGAAUUAAUUGAGCAAUUAAAACAAUUGAAAAAAAAACAAAAUAUCCAUGAUAAGGUUGAAAAAAAUGAAAGCAAAAAUAUUAAUCUCAUUCGAAAUAUUACGAAUAAUAAAUAUAAAAAAAAAUUUAAAAAAAAUGAUCAAAUUAUUGAAGAAAAGACAGAAAAUUUAAUAGAUCAAUCAAAUUUAGUUGAUGAGGUAAAUAUUGCACCAAUUACCAUAAAUGAAAAAAUGAAAAAAGAAAUCAAUAUGAAUACCGAUAUGGAAUGUGAUACUGAAAGUGAUAAGAAUAAUUUAGAUCCUAGCGGAGAAUGGGAAAUUUCAACAAUAGAUAGUAUUUUUUCUGAUUGUAUAAAUUCAGCAUGUAAAAAUUCUGAUAUUUCAGUAUUUUUGAAAAAGAGAAACAACAGUUUAGCACAGUCGAUAAAUAAGGUUAAAGAUGAAGAAUAUGUGUUUCAGAAUAUUUUAAAAAAUGAUAUAAAAAAAAAUAAAUUUCUGAAGGAUUUUUUAAAAAAAAAAAAUACAAAAAAAAAAAUAUCACCUAUUAGAAUAAAAUUAGAAAAUGAAAAAUUUAUGAAUAAAAAUGUAUCCAAAAUAUUGCAAGCAUUAUAUGUGAAAAGACAAAAUGAAGGGGAAGAUAAUGAGAAAAAUGAAAUAGUAGAUGGACAAAAUUAUGAAUCGAUAAAUUUGGUAGUAGAUAUAGGGGAAAGAAAUAAAGACACUGAAAAAUCGCUAGCAAACAAAUUUUAUGAAGAAAAAAUUGAUGAAGAUGUUUUAUAUUAUGAAGAAAAAUUAAAAGAAUCCAAUGAAAAUAUAAAAAAUUUAAAAAGAAAUUUGAUUAAAAAAAAAGAAGAAGUGAUGCUACAAAAAGUUGUAAAAUAUUUAUUAAAAAAAUUAUGUUAUAAUUAUAAAAAAAGGAAAGAAAAUGAAAAAAAAGUAAAUUCUUUAAAAAAAUUUAUUUAUUCAGAAAAUUUAUUUAUAUCAAAAAUUUAUAAUAAUUUUGUUUUUACAAAUGAUUUGUUAUUGAAUAAUUCUACUAUGUCACCACCUGAUCAACUUUUUAAAAAAAAUGAUUAUUUUUCUCAAUUUUAUUCAAAAAAAUUGUCUAUAGAAAAUAUAAAAUAUGAUGAUCAUUUUAAAAAUCAAAAAAAUUAUGAAAUUCUUAAACAGGGAAAAAAUAUUCUCAAUUCCAGAUUUUUGGAAGGCACAGAAAACAGCACAAAUUUUAAUCCUAACAGCACUGCAUAUUUAUAUAAGACAAAUAAUUUAGAUAAUGAGUUUUUGGAAAAUCCAAUUUCAAAAUAUAAGAGAAGGAACACUUAUAGUUUAUACAAAGAAAUGGGUACAAAUUACGAACAAAAUAAUAAUGAAAUCAAUUUAAAAAAAAGAAGUAAUAAAUCGAGAUUAAUGGAAAAUAUUUACUUAGACCAUUGUAGCAAAAAAAGGAUGAUUUUAUCUAGUUUUACUAACCCGAACGUACUAAAUGAAAAUAAUCAAAAACCUUCAAACAAUUUAUAUGAUACUGAUAAAUUAAAUAUGGAAAAAAAUAACAAUCGUUUUGUAAACCCCAAUUAUGAUUAUAUUGGAUAUGAAAAUAUCAAAAGUUCGGAUCCGUUAAAUCAUGAAAAUGAUAUUGAUACACAAGUUGAGAUAUCCAAUAAGCGAAUUAUUAAUUUGAUAAAUAAAAAAAUAGACCAAAAAAAAUUUGAAAAUCUUAUAAAUUAUUGCGAAAAUAAUAAGGAAUGUAUAAAAAAAUUAGGAGAAAAAAAUAAUUACCCAGGAUUAAAAGUUUUAUUUGAUAUGCCCUUGAAUUCUUAUAUUAAACGUAAGUCAAUAGAUAAUUGCUAUAUAUUAUAUUCUGAUCAAAAUGAAGAAAAAGAUGAAAAUUGUAACGAAAUAGUGAAUAAUUUGGGGAACCAAAAUUAUACAGAAAAUUUGUCUCAAUUUAUUUCUCCAAACAAUAAAAAUAAAAAAGAUGCUAUAUAUUAUGAAACGGUAAAUAAAGCAUCCAUUAGUUCUAUCGAAGAUCCUGAAAAAAUAAACAACCCAGACAACAUUUAUGUGGCAGGGCAUACGGAGAGUAAUAUAAAUAAUGAGUGCAAUAAUCAAGAUGUUGAUAUAAACAAAGUCAAUACAAAUGAAGAGAGUGAGGCAUAUGGAAUUAUAAACAAACCAGAAAUAAGCAAAAUUAAAAAAAAUAUAAACAAAAUUUGCACAAUGGUUCCCAAAAAAAUUAAAAAUAAUGAGAAUAAUAAAAAUAUAUGUAAAGAAAUGGAGAAAAAAUGUAAUAGUAAUUUAGUAAAAGAAAAUGUUACAAAAGAUUAUACAGAAACAAUAAAUGCAAAACUUACUAAUAAUAAUGAUAAGGUAAAAAAUAGUUUGAUGGUUGAUGGAAAGGAUAAAAAAACAAAAAAUCGAUCAAUAAAUUUAAAGACAAAAAUAAGAAAAAUAGAAACAAAAAAUUCUAUUCCAUCUAAAGGAGAAACUAUAGAUGAAGAAAAAAAAAGAACAAGUAAUAAUAAAAGUGGAAAAAAUAAUAAAAAUUUAAUGAUAAAUGGUGAAGGAAAUAAUUUAUGUAAUCCAACAAAAUGUAUUGGACAAAUGAUAGAUAAAAAUAAAGGAAAUGAAAUGAACAAUAGAAAUUGUACUGGUGUUGAAACAGAACAAAAUAACUCAUUUAAUUGUGAAAUAGAUCAGGAAUAUUUAAAAGAGAUGGAAAAAAUACAUGAAGAAAGUAUUAAUACAUUUAAAAAUAAAAUAAAAGAUAUAACUAUUAAAGUUGAUACAUUAAGAAAUAUUAAUAAUGCAGAAGGAAAAUAUACUAAUUCCAUAUAUGGAAAUAACACUAGUAUAUAUAAUCGAGGGAAUAAUAUUUCCUAUGAAAAUUAUAACUAUUAUGAAAAUUUAAAUACUGGUGGGAACAGCUACAAUAAUUUAAUAUCAGAAAAAAGCUACAAAAAUAUGUGCAUAAAAAAUUGUCAUAAAUAUGGAGUAAGUGGUUUAUGUGUAAAGGAAACAAACAAUAAUACAUUGCAAUUUUUAAGUAGCUCAUUAAAUAGUAUUAAAUUAUGGGAUAAUAAAAAAGAGAUAUGGAACUAUGAGCAUAUAAAUAUAAAAAACGAAAAAAGUACAUUUAUAAAUAGCUUAAUUAUAUCUUUUCAAAAUAAUUGUUUUUUUGCUGGCAUUAAUAGUUAUGUACAUUUAUUUGAUAUUAGAAUAAGUCCAAAAUUUUUACAAAAAUAUUAUUAUAGUGAUAAAAAUGAUGGAAGUUUAUUAGUUUCUCUUUUAAGUGAUAGAUCUAAUUAUAUUCCUUUUAUAUUGCACCAUGGGAAUUCAAACGGUGAAACACCGGACCCAACGUUAUUGAACAAUCGAAAUGAACUAAUUGAUGAGCCUGAUGCUUUAUCUUCAUUUUUUCCUACUGAGGGAUCAUACAAGGGAAAUGAUAAUGGAAAUGUUCAUGAAAAUGUUAAAAAUAAUCAAACUAAUAAUUUAAAUGAAAAUGAGACAUACGAUGGGCAAUAUAAUAAUAGAGAAAAUUGUGAAAAUGAAAAUAUUGCAAAUCAUAACUAUAUAUCUAAUAUUGGGGAUCAAAACUCAAAAGAUAAACUAAAAAUAAUAAAAGAAGUAGAAAAUUUUCAAUCCGAAUAUUGUAUAUGCGCAUGUGGAAAUGAAAAUUUUAUAAAAGUUUUUGAUAUAAGAAAAAAUGGUGAUAAUAUGUGGCUAGCUAAAAUACCGGUAACAAAUAAAAUAGAAUAUAUAACGCAUAUACCCAUGAAAAAAAAUACAAAAAGCAAUUUUAAAAAUACAAAUAUAUUAAAAAAUAUUAUAAUAGCAAGCCGAGACAAAACUGUAAAAAUAUGGAAAAAGGGAUGGGUAUCUUUUUAUCCACCAUCUUAUGAUUGGUGCACAUCCCUUUCCUAUUUUCCUCUUACAGAUUUGAUACAAAAUAAAAAUCACUCAUAUAAUAUUAAUGAAAAUUUUGAUGAAAAUAAAAAUAUUUUUUCAAAUUAUGAUUCAUUAGUUGUAUCUGGAAGUAGGGAUUCUCAUCUUCGUUUUUGGCUUUAUUCAACAGAUGGAGCAUCAAAUGAAUUUAAUAAAUUUAUGAAAAUAAUUAAAAAUGCUCACAAAGUUGAUAUAACAUGCGUGUCGAAAUAUCAAGGAAAUAACUUUAUUACAACGGACAGAGACGGAUUCAUUCAAAUGUGGGACUGUAAUAUUUUCUUUAAGGAAACAGACAAAUUUUUAGUGGGGAUGGAUCUACAUAAUAUAUGCAUGAAUCUUAUGGUUAAUAAAAUUGGAAAAAUGUUCAGACAUUCCACAAGCCCUAUCAAUAAAAUUGCCUAUCAUGAAAAUACCUUUUUGACAGCAUCCAAUGAUGGAUCAAUUAAGAUUUUUUAUGAGAAAUAA